UAUAAUGAUAUAAAAUCUGUUUUGGUUCGCUCGGCCCACUUAUGUCACCUUAUUGGUGGUAUUUUUAUUGCCUAGGUGUCAGACAAUGGAUUACUUUGAGCGGACUUUUUGUUUUCAUAAGUGUCUGCCAGAUAAUCAUCUUAGGACAUAACACUUGACUGGGCUGUCGUGCUUUGAUGAGGCCAUCACUGGGACUUUCCGGAUACGUCAGACCGAGCUUCCGACUUGUUAACGCUAGUUGCUGCCGAAACGUUCAUGUCGUUAGUGGUGGUUAACGUUACGUUGAAACUCCGAGGUAAACGCGGACAGGAGACCAUGAACACCUCCAGAACCCGCCAGCAGCCCCAGGAGGUCUGAACAGAGAGGCGUGGUGGUCAGAGAGCGACAGGGCGGGAUGUCAACAACUCGGCCUCUGCUCGGAAUGAGACGAGUCACCGAGCUAGCGUACCCUGAGCAGCCGGGCACCAGGCUCUCCGCUUCGGCCGGCAGGCAGCAGACAGAGGCCCUCACAGUGGACGAGUUUACGGUCCUUGAGGACAAAGAAGACGAGUUGAAGAGCGCCAGGCCCCGAGUGGAGCAGGUUUUUAAAGUGACGUUCACAAUUAUCGGUCUGUUGGACCAUACAGGACAGCCGCACGGCAGCAAAACAACCCGGCAGAUAUGGCUUCAGCUCCGGGGGGACAGAGACGACGUGUCCAAGGCGAAGGAGUAUGUCCGAGGGCUCUGCGACCCAGAGCUGCAGAAAGAGGAGCGCUAUCCUACUGACAUGCACUGCAUCUUCGCUGGGGCCAGGGGCCUCUUUCUGGACAGGCUAAUACGUGACACCAGCGCCGAGGUUCUGGUGCCAGAGCCGGGUCGUCUGUGGCUGGUGGGCCGAGCUGAGCCUGUUGUGAUGGCUCAGAGUAGAGUCCAGCAGUUUGUGGCACUCUUCCAAGAGAAAAAGAGUCUGCCAAGUGACAGAGAAUCGGCAGUGAAGCGAGCGUUCAAGUCGUUUGUGGAAGAAAGAGAUGAUAAAUACACUAUGGAGCUCCUGCUGCUGCCCAGUGCCCUGAAGGAAGAGUUACUGGGACUGGUUCACAGCCCCACCAGCACAAACACAUCUGCUUUGGUGAACCAGGUGCUGCUACCCACCAUGGCAGAGGUGGAUCAGGACCGCUCCCAGAGCAGCACUCCGGUGACGGAACUCUCCAACCGCAUCCUGGACACCAGCUUCGAUGAGAAAGGUGGUGCAGCGUCUUCAGUCUGUGGAGGCGGGAAAGCAGGGGGCCGGAUAGGGGUGGGUCAAGAGGGGGUCCUGCUCAACGGCACUCGGCCCUCACACAAGCGGCGCUCGUCCGAGAGUGAGACUCGAGACACAAAGAGACAAUACUCACUGGAGCGGAAGGAGGAGUCGCCUGAGAGAAUGGCGAGGGAGCGUACCCGGGACAGGGAGGUUCGAGGGGCCGGCAGCAGCUGCAGGUCCAAAACCCCAUCUGCUUCCUCAACGAUCGCAACGCCCUCCUCCUCCUACUCAGGAAAGGCAAACACAGUGGCCGGUCCAAUCACACAGGAGUCCUACGAGGGCAUCCCAGACGAUGGAGAGGCAGUCAGCCCGGAAACCAACCUCCGCUGCCUGGUCAAUUUUUUCAGAACCAUGGGCUACCAGCAGGAAGUGGUGGAACGUGUUGUCAAGUCAACAGGACAGACUGAGGACACCUUUCUUAUCCUGGAGAAAAUAGUUGAAGAAACCAAACGUUGUGAGCAGGACUCAAAAGGAGGAGACAGAGAGAGACAAAUGAACGCUGUGCAUGCGUCUGACAAUCUCUCCUCCUCCUCUUCUUCUUCUUCCUCCUCCUCCUCUGCGGUGUCCUCGUCCACAGUGUCCCGUUUUAGGGAAAAGGAGCGAGAGAUCGGAGACACAGGGAGAUCGAAGGAGAACAUAAAGCCGAGCCAACGAGGAGGAAGUAGCAAUGGUUUGGGACAUAGGCGGAAGUGCAGUGGCAGUGAAACGAGCACACAGCAGGCCAUCACGAUCAAAAGAAGCUCCAGUGCUCAGGGUGGAGCAGGGAACUAUGAGGUAAUUACGAUCGACGAUGACGACGACGUCAUUCCCACUAAUGCCAAAACAGCAGACGGUAGAAAGUCUCGGAUAAUGACGAUGCCACACCCUGAAACCACACAGUCUGGAUCUCGAACGGACUACCUGGCUCGAGGAGGGGGCGGAGUCACCCAGCGGGAUUACCUGUCGCGAUGCGGGACUCAAACUUUGGGUGGAUCUGUAAAAGUGGAGAACAUGACACCGCUGCGCAGCACCCCUGCAUGGUCAGCUCAGCCCAUCAACCGAGCAGCACCCUCUGCCUAUCAGACCAUCGCCCAUACAGGAUUUCAGGGGGGCAUGGCCCGGACCCCUCCUGCAAACGAACCCCCGGCCCCUCCGGUUACUGGUCUGGCUCGGUUUCACCAGUCGCUGCGGACUCCUUUUACCUUGAACCUGCCCAACGAGCGGGGAAACCCAGACCUGAGGCACAUCAUCAUAGACGGAAGCAACGUGGCGAUGGCUCAUGGUCUUCAUCGGUUUUUCUCAUGCCGUGGCAUCGCUCUGGCUGUGGAGACCUUCUGGAGGAGGGGCCACAGGGAGAUCACAGUGUUUGUCCCGCAGUGGCGUCAGAAGAGAGACCGACUUGCUACAGAACAACACUUCCUAAACCAGCUGGAAGACCUGCGGCUGCUCUCCUUCACCCCAUCCAGAGAAGUCUGUGGCCAGAGAAUAUCUUCACAUGACGACAGGUUCCUGCUGCAUCUUGCUGAGAAAACAGACGGGAUAAUCGUCACCAACGACAACCUGCGGGACUUUGUCGACACCUCGGACACAUGGCGUCGCAUCAUUCAAGAGAGGUUGCUUCAGUUUACCUUUGUUGAGGAUCACUUCAUGAUUCCUGACGACCCGCUGGGAAAAGACGGACCCCACCUGGACGACUUCCUGAGGAAGGAUAACAGGAGGGCUCCAGGUUCCCCCCCGCCUCUCCAGCCUGCAGACCCCCGGGCCACAUCACAGCAGCAGCCCGUUACCGUCCAGACUUUUCGGACCCCCGCCACCAUGACAGCUCACCCCACUGCACACUGGCCCCAUUCUGGCCCUCCGGAAUGGCAUCCGCCCCGCCGCCCUUCCUCGCCCUCCCCAUCCCCCCCGCCACAGCGCUCACCAGGGGAGACGUCAGAGUUGAAGAGGAAGCUGUAUGACAUCUUUCCUGACCAGAAGCAGCGAAUCGACCGAAUCCUCAGCGACAACCCGUACAUGAGAGACCUGAACGCCCUGUCAGGGCUGCUGCUGGGCUGAAUAAACUGAGACAACAUCUGUCCGUCUGUGUUAGGGUAAUUUAUUUGACCAUUUUUUCCUCGUCGGAAGGCACCGAAAUGGUUUUAUUAUUUUGUGGAAAGACUUAUCAUUAAACUAGCUGCUAUCUGCGACAAUGAUUUCUGGGAUAUUUUCCUUAGUUUUUUUUUGUUUUGUUUUUUUUACUUCCUGAAUCAUCAGGGUGAGCAGCACCGAUGUCUGCAGAACAAACAUAUGAACAGUUUUCUUUUCUUCACCUCGAACAAUUCUGUGUUUGUGUGAGAAUGGAUCUAAGCAGCCGGACAACAGGACUUUGAUCGACGGUGGGGACGGCCGCUUUCAGCUCCACAUCAACUCUCAAG